GUUCAUAACUCUAUCCUGGUCCACCGACUCGCCGUCGCGCCCUCUUCUUCGCAGUUUCUCUGACAACCACAUUCUCAACCGCAAUGGCCCCGAAGCCCGCCUCGACUGCUGGAAAGGCUCCUGCCUCGACUGCCUCUAAGGCACCCGCAAAGUCCGCUGAGGGCGGGAAGUCGGCGAAGAAGACUGCGAAGGCUGCCGCACCUUCCGGUGAGGAGGCAAAGAAGAAGAGGAGAAAGUCGCGCAAGGAGACGUAUUCUUCCUACAUCUACAAAGUUCUUAAGCAGGUGCACCCUGAUACGGGUAUCUCCAACAAGGCCAUGGCCAUUCUUAACUCCUUUGUGAACGACAUCUUCGAGCGUAUCGCUACUGAGGCAUCCAAGCUCGCAUCAUACUCCAAGAAGUCGACGAUCUCCUCACGCGAAAUUCAAACAGCUGUGCGCCUAAUCCUGCCAGGAGAGCUCGCGAAGCACGCGAUCUCAGAGGGAACGAAGUCGGUGACGAAGUUCUCGAGUGCAGGGGCGAAGUAGAUUUCUUCAUCUCAUCUUGGGUUCGCUUGCUGUUGUAUUGUAUUCAUGUACUUUCUACUUUUUAUUACUUUCUUUCCCUCGUAAUGGACAAACAUGAAACCCAACAUCAGUAUGCGCAAUGAAUGGAGUG